UUUCUCACGAUUUGUUGUUUUUCGUUUUUUCUUUCUAUUCAUCAUUCUCGUCCGAAGAUACAUUUUUCUCCGAGUUUUUUUUUCGCGCUACACGAAUCCUGAGAGCCAUGAGGAAAACACGCUUAUUCGAAUGGCAGCUCCUGAUGAUGGCAUUUGGUUUCGUUGUGUGUCAAACAGCACCAAUGAACGAUGCCACAGAUCCGCCCUCCGUCAAAGACCCCAAAGUUGUCGCGCCCUAUCAGGACGAACAAUUCAGCGUUUUCGAUUGGAACAUAUACAAACUGAUGGCCAAUAAAUACAAGGGCAACCUUUUGAUUUCACCGCUCUCCGUUAAAUUAGCACUCGUUCUGCUUUACGAAGGAGCUCAGGACGAAGUCGCGUUGAAACUCGGUGACGUCAUGCAUUUGCCCCGCAGCCGAUGGGACACCCGCUCUAAAUUUGCCGUCGUUUUGCAAUCUCUUAAGCCCGUUUUCGACGAGUACAAACUCGACAUUGGGACGCGAAUGUACUUGAACUCUGGAGUGGAUCUGAAGCAAAGCUUUGCCGCAAACGUGAGAAGCUUUUACAGAACCGACGUUGUGUCGACAAAUUUUUCGAAUUACGACGCUGCCGCUGCCAGUAUCAAUAAUUGGGUCAGUAACGUGACGCACGAGAAUGUGAAAAAAAUGAUCGAAGACGGUGACAGUAUCAAGGAUGCCGUGAUGCUGAUACUGAACGCCUUUUACUUCAAGGGUUCCUGGCACAACGAUCCGUUUUCACCGGACGACACGAAACCCGGAAAAUUCCACACGAAUCCAACGGAGCAAAUAGACGUUCCGUUCAUGAAGACCGAGGGCAAUUUCUUCUUCACUGAAUCCCUCGAACUCGAUGCCAAGAUUCUUCGUCUGCCUUACGUAGGCCGCAAACUGUCGAUGUACUUCGUUUUGCCAAAGACCGUAGACGGAUUGGAUAAUCUCAUCGAAAACAUAAAUCCUUUCGUUUUGAAACGUCACGUUGGGCUCAUGCAAGAGCUGCCUGUCGAGAUCCGAAUUCCCAAGUUCAAAUUCGACUACACGAGCAACUUGGUACAAACUUUACGCGACAUGGGCUUGAAUGAUAUAUUUGAAAAUUCGGCUGCUUUCAAUGAAAUCGCUCGUGCAAAGCGAGAUUCACCGCCACUCGUGGUGACGAACGUCGUACAAAAGGCCGGAAUCGAAGUGAACGAAAAAGGAACGGCGGCAUACGCUCUUACCGAGGUACAGAUCGGCAACAAAAUGGGAGAGCAAACGUUCAACGCGGACCAUCCAUUCUUGUUCUUCAUCGAGGAUGAAAUAACCGGAGCGAUAUUAUACAUGGGAAGAUUGUCCGAUCCGACACGGCAAACCGGAAGCACCGAAACUCCAUCGUUCCCAGACCGUAUUAACGCAGGACCGCCGAUAUCAGAGGAACCACCGAAACCCGCGAGUGCGAUUCGCGAUAACUACUUCAAUGUCGAACUGCUGCAGGCUGUCGCCGCUAAGACCGAUGGAAAUCAAGUCGUUUCUCCGCUGAGUGUUAAAGCCGCCUUAACGGCACUCGUCGAAGGAACCGGCGGCAGAACUCGCCAGGAACUCUUGUCGACCUUGAGGCUGCCGGCGGACGUUUCGCAACUACGAGAAGCUGCCAGGCGCACUUUGGCACCUUUCGUUGAUUCGAAAAAAGGAACGGAACUGAGUCUAAUCACGCGACUUUAUACAGCAUACGGAAUCAGAGUUUCCAUGAAUUAUAACAACGCUUUGGAAGCUUAUUACAAGGGCUCGAUCCAAUCCCUGAAUUUUAGAGAUCCGGCGAUGGCGUCCGCCACCAUAAACGCAUGGAUCCAGAACGUGACGGAAAAUAAUAUUCAUUCUCUCGUUGAACCGGGUUCCCUGAGCCCCAACACGAUGUUUCUGCUGACCUCGGUUGUUUACUUCAGAGGCCGGUGGCUUCACGCUUUCGACGAAGCCGCGACAACUAAAGGCUGCUUCAAUGUACCUGACGUCGGUUGUAAAUACGUACCGAUGAUGGAAAGCAAGGCGAAAUAUAAUUACACUUCGAUGCCGUCCUUGCAGUCCGAAAUUCUCGAACUUCCGUACGAGGAUGGAAGAUUGUCCAUGCUCAUAUUUUUCCCCUAUCACGAGGGUCUCCAAAACCUGCACAUUUUAUCGAAAGACUUAACACACACUCACAUGAGCACUAUCCUCAGUUCCUUGUUCGAAGCAGAAUUGCUCAUUACUCUUCCGAGAUUUACUAUCGACAGCAAAUUCGAUUUACGACCUGCCCUCGAGAGUUUGGGCAUCAAAGAUCUUUUCGAUCUUAGCGCGAAUCUUUCUGGCAUGAUACCGCAUAAUUCUGCCAGAGUCGACAGGCUACUUCAUAACGCUAAAAUCGAAGUAAACGAAUUGGGAACUGUCGCUGCUGCAGCAUCAGCGAUUGAUGUCAUACCUCUGAUGGGCCACACUUACGAACCUUUCCACAUCGAUCGGCCAUUCCUCUUUACGAUCGUCGACCGUCCAACCUCCUCGAUACUCUUCGCUGGUCGCGUCGUUGCACCCUAAUAGGGCACCACAUAAAAUAUCGACUUAAUUCACUCUUUUUACGAUAAUGUAAAUUUCAACGAUGCGAGCGACGGGUUAUUGCUUAGGAGUGGUCAAAGAAUCAUGGAAUCGGUGUGCUGUCUACAAAACGCUUCGAAGAAAAAUUGCAAGUUCACUAUAUAAGAUGACCGUUACAGUAUAGUAAUCGAAUGUUUAAUAUGUAUUUUUGACGAAAUAUCCGCAAUCGUGGAACAAUUGUAUUGAAUUGAAAUAAAGCUUACUUAUCCUGCGGUUCAUAAA